AUGAGCUCCCUAGACGUGCCCAGCCUGGUGCCCGGCUGGCUGAUGCCCUCCUGGCUGUCCCCAGAGCCUGGCAGCCCGCGCGACGCGGUGCGGCGGGCACGCCUGAAGCAGCUUCUGGAGAUGCUGACCGCGUCGCGGCGGGAGCCGGCGCUGGCGCUGCCCCUGCCGCCCGACGAGGCGCUGGCCGCUGGCGGCGGCGCCGACGACGCCGGCGGCGGGCCGCUGGAUGUGUCGCACAGCGCCUCCAAUGCAGUCCCCUUCCACUCCCCCACGGGCGGCGCCGCCGCGCCCGGCGCGCUGGGCGGCCUGGGCGGUGGCGCGGCUGGGUGCGCGUGCCGCGCGGAGCAGGCAUGGCAGGUGCUGCCCUGGCUGUACUGCGCGGAGGGGCGCAUGGACUUUGCCGCCAUGGAGUCGCUGGCCAGCCAGCUGGCGCUGAGCGGGCUGCAGCUGCUGGAUGUGUCGCGGUACGUGGCAGCCUCCACCUCCUCGGCCGGCCACUGGCACAACGGGUGGGGCGGGCACAUCCGGUGGGCGGGGCCGCAGGCGCUGCCCAGCCCCGUGGUGGCGGCGGCGGCGGCGCUGCGCCGCAUGGAGCUGAGGAGGGGCGGCGCGCUCAGCCAGCUGCCAGACAUUGAGGGCAAGGUGGUGGUGCUGGCCUUCCACCCGCAGCACCGCCAGCUGGCGGCGGAGACGCUGGCGCUCUACCUGCAUGCCUACAUGGGCGUGAGCGGGCGGGAGGCGGUGCAGGCGGCGGGGCAUGCGGUGGGCACCAGCCCGCUGGAGAGCACGCUGCGGCAGUCGCUGGAGGAGCUGGCGGUGAUUGCGGAUGGGUGGUACCGCCGCGUCACGCUGGCCUGGCCGUACGGCGGGGGCCACGUGGAGAUUGUGGGGGAGGCAGUGGGCGGGUGGGAGAAGCGCGCGCCCAUGGUGUUUGACGUCAAGCGCAAGCGCUGGCGCCUGCAGAUCUGGGGCCUGGCACCCGGGAUCCACCGCUUCAAGUACCUGGUGGAUGGGCGGUGGGUGAUUGACCUGGCGGCGCACACCGAGGCAGACUCGCGCGGCAACAUCAACAAUGUGGUGAUGGUCACAAACGGAGGCAAGCCGCUGCUGCGCCAGGCCGAGGCUGUGACAGGCAGCGGCAGCAUGGAUGGCGAGGAGUCGGGGGGCAGCAGGAGCAGCUCCGCCGCUAUCGGAAGCACGGUUGUGGCGGUGGCGGCGGAGGGCAUGCAGGCUGAGGCCGCGGCCAAGGCGGCGGCGGCUGGGGUGCUGGCCACAGCAGAGCCGCCGCCGCCGUCAGAGACGGAGGAGGCGCUCGAGGCGGCCGAGCCACUGCAGCCCUGGAACAGCCCGGAAGAGAUGGAGGCCAUGGCUCGCUUUGGGGCCGCCGUGAUGGCCUUCCACACGCGGCUGGGCCUGCAGCUGCGCCACAUGCUGAGCUGA